UACCAUUAUCAACAGUAUAUUAGACCUUUCAUUUCCCUCCUCCUGUCCGACCAUCCCGGGCUCUCGAUGUUCUUGGGCUUAAAAUGGGAGAUCAAGAACUCGCCGAGUUCUUGAGAUGGGGAGCGAUGGUUGGCAUCUCCGACGCUCCUCCAGGCUUCCCUCCCUGUUCUUCAUGCUUGGGACACACUCUUUGCAUUUCCAAUUUCCCUGACGCAGGCGGGAGAGGUCUUGCUGCUGCUCGUGAGUUGAGGAAGGGUGAAACAAUUCUGAAAGUUCCACGGAGAGCCUUGAUGUGCAGAGAUAGUGUACUGGAGGGUGAUAAAUGCCUAGCAGCAAGUGUUGAACGAUAUCCUCAUCUUUCUCCAACGCAGGUGUUAGCUGUAUGUUUACUGUCCGAGGUAUGUAAAGGGAGAGACUCACAGUGGUACCCGUAUUUGAUCCAGCUGCCCCGCUCUUAUGACCUCUUAGUAAACUUCGGUCAGUUUGAGGUGCAGGCAUUUCAGGUUGAUGAUGCUAUCUAUGCUUCAAAGCAAGCAGUCUCAAAGGUCCAAUAUGACUGGAAAGAAGCCAAAAGGCUCAUGGAAGACAUCAGUCUAAGGCCUCAAUUUUUGACGUUCAGAUCAUGGCUUUGGGCUUUUGCUACUAUUUCCUCUCGGACACUGCAUAUACCAUGGGACAAAGCAGGAUGUCUAUGCCCUGUGGGUGAUCUUUUCAAUUAUGAAGCGCCUGGAAUAGAUGCACCAACCUUGGACAAUGAAGUGAAUGAGGAUUUCAAUAGAUUAACCGAUGGUGGGUGUGAAGAAGAUAGAAAUGCAUAUUGCUUCUAUGCAAGGCAAAGUUAUAGUCGAGGAGAGCAGGUUCUCUUGCGUUAUGGGACAUACAGCAAUCUUGAACUCCUGGAACAUUAUGGAUUUCUGUUGAAGCACAAUCCAAAUGAUAAAGUGUUGAUUCAAUAUCAGAGUGGAAAACUAUCAUGGACAAGGGAGGCUCUUCAUAUUCAAUCAGAUGGCAAACCAUCAUUUGCAUUGCUUUGUGCUAUGCGGUUGUCCAUCAUCCCUCCAAAUCAGAGGAAGGCAGUUGGGCAUCUUGCCCAUGCUGGACUCAUGCUGUCUGUAGUUAAUGAGAUUGCUGUGAUGAAGAGUUUGUCGAAGCUAUGUGAGGAUCUUCUGUCCAAACUGCCUUCAUCAAUGGAGGAAGACUGCUUAUUACUGGAAGCAGUAGAAAAUAUUCAUAGUGAUUUUUUGUAUAGUCAUCUGCAUUCUAAUAAGGACAUGGUUGUCACCGAUCAACUGAAUGCAUUCUUACAGACGCAUGAUUUAAAAAAGGAACACAUACUUGAGCUUCCCUGGCCCAAGAGAGCGGAAAGGUCACUGGGAAGAUGGAAACUUGCAGUUCAAUGGAGAUUAGGCUAUAAAAAAAUUCUCCAUAGUUGUAUAAGACAUUGCUCUGAAACGAUUGAACAUCUUGUUUCAGACAUCAAUGAACCCGCUACAUGACGAGUGUCAUCUGGUUGUAUUUGAUUCACAAAGUACUGCAAGUCUAGUGCAAAGUUUUAGGAAGGAUGAAAAGAUUCAGUGGCCGGUAGCGUGUUUGACUGUAAGAAGUUCUUGCCAAUGCAUCCUCCCCUUUCUCUUUUA